AGGCCCAACAUGGCGGAGGCGGGAAAAGAGCCGGCAGGCCUCGCGCUCGCGGGAGGAGGCGCGGCUCAGUGGCCUCUCCAGCGGUACGGCCGCUUCAUGCCCUCGGGCACCGGAGAGCCUCCAGGGCCUGGUCAGGACGCUGAGACAGCCUCUUCCCCCACGUGGAAGGUUUUUGACUCUAGUGAAGAAUCUGGGUAUCUUGUUCUCACCAUCGUUAUAUCAGGUCAUUUCUUCAUUUCCCAAGGACAGACACUGCUGGAAGGGUUUUCACUCAUCGGUAGCAAGAACUGGUUGAAGAUUGUGAGACGCAUGGAUUGUCUGUUGUUUGGAACAACAAUAAAGAACAAGAGUCGCAUGUUCCGGGUGCAGUUUAGUGGAGGGUCCAAGGAGCAGGCCCUGGAACACUGCUGCAGCUGUGUGCAGAAGCUGGCCCAGUAUGUGACUGUCCAGGUGCCCGACGCAGUCAGCCAGGAGCUCCGGCCAAGGCCCAGCCCGCUGAGGGCAGGUGAAAGCCAAGGGAAGGGCUGUGCACAGCGUGGGCCACCGCAGCAGGGGCCACCCCAGAACCCGGAGAAGCCGCAGCUGUGUGGACCGGCCAACACGAGCGCUUCCGGAGGAAGGACCUCAGUGAGUUGGCUAGCUCAGUCUCUCCUGGUGUCAGAGGAGCGGCCCCCAGUCCGUGAACAAUCUGCGUGGGACACAGAAGAGUUAGGCCCCUUUCUGCGCUUGUGCCUCAUGGAUCAGAAUUUCCCCGCGUUUGUGGAAGAGGUGGAAAAGGAACUCAAAAAGCUGACAGGGUUGAGAAAUUAACACUCCACGUACAUACAGAACGAAGGAAGUUGAAAGCACUUGAAAAUGUGCUUCCUCUUAAGAUUAGAUACAAGAAUAAAGAGUAUUAUUCCAGA